AUGUCCAUUGGGGGGGAAAGGCGGGGGAGAACGCGAGUAAGGGAUCCUGUCGCUGCAGUACGAGCUGCUGUGCUUGGGGGGGUGGGGCUCCCUUGUGUGGAGGGCAUAUUUUGUUGGCAUCGAUCCGUUGUUGCGCUUCUCCCUGUGCAGAAAGACAAAGAACUGGUGUAUGAGGCUCGCGCCCUUGCGCUCCUUGCGAAUGCGUUCGCACGCAUGGCAUUUCGUCAUGAGGAGGCACUGGGUGUUGUUUGUCGCCGCGCCGAAAAGCAAAUCAACGAGUGUUGCGCUCAAGACGUCUCCAACCUUUUUAAUGCUCUUCACCGGCUGGCCUAUCGCAAUGGCGACUUGCUGCAAGCACUGGAACGCCGGGCUGCCCGUGUUGCUGCGGACAUGAAGCCUCAGCACCUCGCCAACUGUCUCUCAGCUCUUGCAGCCUUCGGCGCUGCAGAUUCGCAGACCGUCGAGGUCUUGGCCGCAGAAAUACUUGGAUUGACUUCCCCCGCGUUGCUUGAUUCUCUGGGAUCAGCUAUUGCGCGGGGGCCGCUAUUUCAACAGGGGGAAACAGCAGCAGCAGCAGCAGUAGCAGGCCAGGCAGCGCCGCAAAACGAAGCUAGGGAUGACAUCCUGCUCUCCACGGAGCUCCCCGCACAGCCUGAGCUGCUCGAGCAGCAUCAAGCGCCGAUGGGCUAUCAGCAGGGCGAGCAGAGACAGAAAACGCUGAUAACGUUGCUGCAUGCAUUCGCUGCAGCAGAGCGGAGACAUGUCCUAUGCGACCAGGUGUAUGAUGCCCUUCUACGGGAAUCUCAGAACCCGAUGGGAGCGCUUCACGGCUGCGUGAGCGUCGGCAGUAGGAGCAGCAGUGCAGGCAUCGCCGAUAUAAAGACCUCCGGUCUGCCUGCUGCUGUUACCUCACGGACUCCCGUCCUCCCGAACGCGCUGGCUGCCAUUGUAGCGCAUUCCAUCGUGCGUUUGAAGGCCUUCGACAGGAAGGAUAUCAUUUGCGCGAUCGCUGAAUCCGUGUCCCUAUCUGACGCGGGGAGCUUCACGCCUCAGCAGCUGGCCAAUAUCCUGUUCGCUCUGGAGAGGAUAGAGGCGCUGGUGGUAGUCAGCAUUCCUUUUGCUGCGCGCAUACACCUGCGGGUGUGUAUCUUUGGUCUUGCUGCAGCCUCAAUGGACGCAGAGGCUCGCACUGCAGAGGAGGCAACAGGCACAGGCAAUAUCGAGCAGUCAGCGAUGCUCAAGGAAGCUGCUGACCGCCUCUCCAGGCAUGCCACCAUUCGCAUCAAACAACUAAGUGCCCAGUUGCUGGGAAGCGCUGCUCUGUCAGUUGCACGGGUCGCUCCCCCGAAAGGGCACGGCUCUCAGUUUCUCCUCGCUGCAGCUCAUGAAGUUCCACUGCUUUCUCUCCAGGGGACUUCAGGCCUCCACGCAUCGACUGCGCUCUUGGCGGCACUGAUAGAGGGCUCUUUCUCCUUUGGAAGACCUUCGCAGCAACAACCCCCUUGGGAUUUCGAACUCCCCGCAGAGGUGCAGCACGCGAUCGUCCUGCUGCUGCAGCAGUGCGCUUCCGCCGCGCUAAAAAUGAAUGCGCAACUCUUCAUGCGCUUCACUACGGCAACUGCAGACCUGCGUGCUGCACUCAGCCCGUGCGAGGGUCCUCUUUGCGCCGGUAGCAGCAACAGCGCCACGAGUAUUAGAACCCCAAGCAGACUGGCGGCGGCUGGUGUCGACUCGCGGGUUAUCACUGCGCUUCUUGCCGCAAAAAAGGCGCAAGAACAGGUGCUCUUCUGGAGGCUGGACCGCUUGGACGUGCCAUUGCUUUUGGCCUUCGCCAACGCCGUUGCAGCCCCACGCUCACAAGCUGCUGCUGCUAUCACGUCAGAAGGACAAGAGCAGCAGCAGUUGCUAGAGGCUGCUUCUUUUGCACAGCGUUUGCAGCAGUUCUUGCCCCUCAAGCUGCUGCGGAAGGAGACGAUGGAUGCCGUGUGUAAACAUUCUCUUCCUCGAGCGGCUUGUGCAGACCCUGCCCACUUGCUGCAGCACUGGCGAGUCAGUUCCGCUGCAGUGGCUGCUUCCGCUGCCCUCCAGCAGCACCCACAGCAGCACGACGUCACGGCUGCAUCGUCGAGGAUCGCUUCAGGGAGCGCUGCAGACUUCUUAAUUCAAGAGUUACCGUGUUUUAAUGCUGCCUCCGCGUUCCCAACACCGGCGUCCUACGCCCGCCACCUCGUAGCGUUUGCUGAACUGGCUAGGCCUGCCCACAUCGAGCUGUCCUCAUGUCCUCAGCAGGAUGAGCACCCCGACGGCAGCAGCACACGGCUAGACACCGGACCUGAGCGGGUGCUCUGUGCCCUCUUGAGUCCUCUAAGGGCCUGUCCAGGCGCCUUCCCUCCUCCUGUUUGUGCAGCUGCAGUGCGCGUUGCCAUGGAAUGCGGAGUAGGCGACCCGUUGCUGCUCGAGAGAGUUAUGCAGCGCCUCAUCGCUGAUGAAGAUGCUCCCGAUCCAGACACCAGCGGCAGGUCGUCGCUUCCUGCCGCAGCAUUUGUUGAUUUGCUUCGUGGCGCUGCGGCUGCUUCUGUAAUCACACGGCCUGCGCGCGAGGCCCUAAUCGCCCUGGUGGAUAGACAGAAGGAGCUUCUUCUGCAAUCGGCCAACAUAGCUGCUGCAGCAGCAACUUCCCUGCAGCGGCUGAAGCUGCUGGACCUGCCACUGCUUCAGCGCAUGGUGCAGCAGCAGGUCCUUGUGUUGCAGCAGCAACUGCAGCAGCAACUGCAGCAGCCUUCAGCAGGGGCAGCAGACCUUCGCGGCGUCUCUGAAUGUUUCAGGUGCCUCUCGGAACAAACAGAAGCGCAUCGAUUUUUCCGCAGAGCGACAGCAGGCGGUCAUGUAUUAGCUAACGGCGGAUCGUCCGGUGGUAGUGUCUCGGAGGGCGACAAAGAGGCCGUGGAGUUUCCCCUGUGGUGGGCUCUUGACUGGACAGCUCGGUUAUUGAUUCUUUUGCACCAGGCUCAUUCACAAGGGCUGCUGCAGCUUGUCGCGAAUCCAUCUUUGCAGUCGCCACGCGAUGAGGAGCAGCAACAACGCCACCACCAGAUUCGCGUCGUCAUACCUGCUCAGACACUUGGGCAGUUGUUACGCAGCACGUCGAUGCUGCUGCCCUGUCGUCAACGCGGAACCGAGGCCUUGUUGGCUGCGUUGCUGCUGCUGCAGCACACCAGCAGCAGCGCGAAUACGCAUGUGAAGCAUCAGGGCCUGAUAUGCGAUGCCCUACGGGUAGCCGCCGAUGUAUUGACCAGCAGUGGAGGAGCUCUUCCCCCGAAGCCACCUAGCGCGUCAGACGGCGACACUCGUGCGCCAGCUGACACGAACGCCAGUGCUGCUCUUCUCAAGGAGGUUGGGGUAGCGGGGACGCUGCUCCUGCGGCAGCAAGUGCUCCCCCACUUUUUCCAGCUGCAACAACGAGAUUUGGUGUCUCUAUCUGCCUGGCACAUGGCGUUGCUGCUGCAACCGGCGGUAAUAGCGGAAGCAGCAGGAAAGGCAGAGCAGAUGCAAGGACUUGUGCGAACGCUGAAGGGCCUUGCCGAUGCAUCCAAGAAGCAGUCUCUACAGAAGGGCGACCGAGUGCUACUAGCCCUUGUCUUAAGUUGCUUGCGUUUGGACGUUCCGGACGCCUGGCAAGCGAUUCCACCUGCGACUCAGCAGUCUCUCAACUUGCUCGUAAGGGGCCCUGGCUGA